CACUUGGUAGUAUUCCAAAAAGCUAACCCCAUUUUAGGGUUAUUUUAUUGGAACAAUUCCAAUAUGGAAUACAGCUCCCAUAGCAUCUUUCCUUUGAUGAUUUCAAUUUUGUUGGUCACAUUGGGAUUUCUUCCUCCUUUAGCUGAGGCUAGGGCAUUUUUCGUCUUUGGAGAUUCUUUAGUCGAUAGUGGCAACAACAACUACCUCGCUACCACUGCCCGUGCGGAUUCUUACCCUUACGGUAUAGAUUAUCCCACUCAUAGAGCCACCGGUCGGUUCUCUAAUGGCCUCAACAUCCCAGACAUAUUAAGUGAGCAACUUGGUUCUGAAUCCACAUUGCCAUAUCUGAGCCCAGAAUUAACAGGGGAGAAGCUGCUUGUUGGGGCCAACUUUGCUUCAGCUGGAAUUGGAAUUCUAAAUGACACUGGAAUUCAAUUUAUAAAUAUAAUUCGAAUCCACGCACAGCUUGAGUUCUUCCGACAAUAUCAGCAGCGUGUGAGUGCACUCAUUGGACCAGAUGAGACUGAACGUCUAGUGAGUGAGGCUCUUGUCCUCAUGACCCUUGGCGGAAAUGAUUUCGUUAACAACUACUACCUGGUGCCUUUCUCUGCAAGGUCACGCCAAUUCGCGCUCCCAGAUUAUGUCGUCUACCUAAUCUCUGAAUAUCGAAAAAUUUUAGCGAGGUUAUACGAGUUGGGGGCUCGUAGGGUUCUAGUGACUGGAACCGGACCGUUGGGUUGUGUCCCGGCAGAGAUCGCCUUGCGUGGACGGAACGGGGAGUGUGCAGCGGAGCUGCAAGAAGCAGCAGCCUUGUUUAACCCACAGCUGGAGCAAAUGAUAAGUGAACUCAACAACGAUAUUGGAUCCGACGUUUUCAUUUCUGCGAAUGCAUUUAAAAUGCAUAUGGAUUUCAUCAGUGACCCUCAAGCUUACGGCUUUGUUACUUCAAAGGUAGCAUGCUGUGGGCAAGGUCCCUACAAUGGGAUAGGACUCUGCACCAUAGCUUCAAACCUGUGCCCUAAUCGAGACGUCUAUGCCUUCUGGGAUGCAUUCCAUCCAAGUGAAAGGGCCAACAGGUUUAUUGUGCAGCAGUUCAUGAUUGGGUCCAACAAGUACAUGAAUCCAAUGAAUCUUAGCACCAUUCUGGCGUUAGACUCUAGGGCCUUAAAUUAACGUCCCAUGUUUUUUCUUUAAAAAAUCAUAUUUAUCUUCUCUUCUUCUUCAUCAUUGCUGUAUGAUCUUGUUAAAAAGUGGUUGGUUUGUUAUGCAUUAAUAUCCGUGUAAGCUUUCAAUUCUGUAUUGCAUCACAUUGAUUAAUUAUA